GGUUUCGAGAAAUAAGGCUUGGUUGAUCUUAAUGAACACACCGAAAUACGUGACUCCGUAAUUUAAUUUCUCCUGCUGAGUCCUGGGAUAGGCUAAUAUCAAAAAGGAACACCUUCAAAACAAACAAUUCUGGAUGUGCACAAACAACUGUUCGUAGAAGUCCAUGAGUAACUUGUGAGGAUGGCUUCUACUGAAAUAUAAGAAAGGAACCAAAUGUCUUCGAGGAGAAGCGAAGAAUACACAGGUUCUAACCUGAGCCUAGCCACCAGCUCCACCUCUGAUGUAUCGUUACCAUGGAUACGGAGGCCUACGGAGGAGGACAAGCAGGAUGCGACGUCGACGACCACCAUUCCCCUUGAUACCAACGUGAAGCCUGGUCAGUAUGUCCUCCAGAGUCUCUUUGCAGAGUUCACCAUCCAAGCAGAGAGGAAGAUAGAGAGGAUAAUGACAGAGCCAUUGGAAAGUCCACUGGCAAAAUUGCUUCAAAGAGGAGAGGAUCAGCAAUUUGAUCAGUUGCUGAGUUCUCUGAGUGCUGUGGCUGAGCAUUGUCUACCAUCAUUACUCAAGACUCUUUUUGAUUGGUAUUCUCUACAAAAUGAGGAAGAUGGAACUCAGAGACAGAAAGUAGCCACAAAGAAUAAAGGGGAAAAGGACUACCUAUCUGAGCGGAGAGAUCUUGCUGUGGACUUUCUGUUCUGUCUGGUCUUGAUUGAAGUCUUGAAGCAACUCCCUCUCCAUCCUGUACCUGAUAAUAUGAUCACACACAUUGAGACUCUAGCAUUCAGACAUUUCAAGAGUAGAGAAGGACUGCAGAGUGGAGUCAACACAGAGAACAUUCACAUCAUAGCUGAUCUAUAUGCUGAGGUACUGGGUGUCAUGGCUCAAACCAGAUUCCUGUCUGUUAGAAAACGCUUCUUCACUGAGCUCAAGGAACUCAGAUCAGAGCCACAGAAUGUCCAAACAACUCAGUCAAUCAUCAGCUUGGUGAUGGGGCUCAAGUUCUACCGAGUGAAGAUGUUUCCUGUGGAAGACUUUGAGUCGUCCUUUCAGCUCCUUCAUGAGUGUGCCAAUUAUUACCUGGAAGUCAAGGACAAAGAUAUCAAGCACGCCCUCGCUGGCCUCCUGGUGGAGAUCCUCGUUCCCAUUGCUGCUCUUCCAACAACUCAAAUUGCAACUUCUGGCAAUUUUGUGUGUGUGAAGAAUGAAGUGAACAUCCCUGUAUUGAAGAACUUUGUGGAGAAGAUGUACCAGACCACAUUUGAGCAGUGCUCCAAGAAGAAGCAUGCCCUGGCAGCGUUCCCCCUACUCACAUGUCUUCUGUGCGUCAGUCAGAAACAGUUCUUCUUGUCCACUUGGCACAACUUUCUCUCACUCUGUUUGUCCAGCCUCAAGCAUCGAGACACCAAGUUGUCCCGGGUUGCUCUCGAAUCACUGUACCGUCUCCUAUGGGUCUACAUCAUGCGUAUUCAAUGUGAAAGCAAUACCAGCACCACCAUGCGCCUCCAGAGCAUCACAGGGACCCUUUUCCCUCGGAACUCUCGCAACGUCAUCCCCCGGGACACACCGCUCCACAUCUUUGUGAAGAUUAUUCAGUUCAUUGCCCAGGAGAAGCUGGAGUUUGCUGUCAGGGAUGUGAUCUUUGACCUUCUGGGAGUCACAGGAAAGAGCAGGAUGCUCUUCCCUGAGCGCAUGAAUGUUGGCUUACGGGCCUUCUUGGUGAUAGCUGACAGCCUGCAGCAGAAGGAAGAAGCUCCUCCUAUGCCCACCACCACCCGCAGCAUGCCAUCAGGAAACACCCUCCGAACACGUAAGACCUUCCUCAAUAAGCAGCUGACUGAGGAUGGAGCCAGGACCAUCGGGGUAGCACCGUUCUACCCCAGCAUCAGGAAGGCCCUGGACCAUAUUGUAAGGUCUCUGGACAUGACGGUGGGCAAGGCUCUUCUCAUGACUAAUGCGCAGUGUUUGACCAAAGAGCUGGAUGACCUCAUGACGAAUGAGAGGAAACCAAAGAUUGAAUUGUUCAGGACAUGCAUCGCAGCUGUUCCACGUAUCAUUCCUGAUGGUCUGAGUCGUAAAGAACUCUUGGAGCUCUUAUCAAGGUUGACCGUUCAUAGGGAUGAUGAACUCAGAGGCCUGGCCUUCACAUCACUACAGAACGUUGUGGUUGACCUUCCGGACUGGAGAGAGGAUGUGAUCCUAUGUUUUGUUAACUUCAUGGUGCAUGAGGUCCAUGAUAUGUUCCCUCUCAUCUUAGAGAGCGCCCUUAAGAUGCUACUGCAGCUACUCUCACAGUGGAAGAUGGCUGAAACAAACAAGGAAGAGGAGCCACAGCUGAAGCCUCCUUAUGAACGGAACCCAUUUGCCAAUGUACUGAACCUUGUGGAAGGCUUUGCACUGGUCUUCCUCUGCAGCUGCCGCCCUCUCAUCAGACGUCUUAGCUUCUUCGUCUUGAAGGAAGUCCGUGCUCUCUUCAGUAUUCUGGGAUACUCAAGAAUUGAUGAUGACAGUGUGUUAGACGUGAUUGAUAGAGCUUGCCCUGGGGUGGUAGAGAGCUUCAUCCAUCAACUACCACCGGCAGAAAAGGCUACCAUCACUGCACUGCCCACAGUGGACCUGCAAUGGGUAGUGGAGCGCUCAAUCAACCAGUGGUCAGGCAGCACAUACGAGUCGUCCGGAGCAAGUGACAGUCUGACCAAGCUUGCAGCCAGGGGCAUGGGAGGGUUCAAUCCUUGGGCGUCAUGUCUGGCUAGGUUCUUCCACAGUAACUGUUUGCCACACUACUGCCCGACAGCAGUGUCUAACGCCUGGCCAGUGGUCAACACCAGGCUGACCCAGCUCUAUGGACAUAUUGACCCAAGUGCUCCAUCUGAAGGGAGGACAUCCAUUCGUUCCAAGAAGGUUCUUCACCCCAUGGAUGACAAUAUCGCCCUCUGGAGGAACUACUUGGUGUUUGCGUGUAGCUGCGCCCCGCCCAGUGCUGGCUAUCAAACACCAAGACGAUGCUUGUCUCCUGAACCCAAUAGUGGAUCGUACGAUGGUUCCUCUCACCUUGAGAGAGUUGAAGCCAGACUUCAUAGCUCCUCCAGCGGUGUGACGGCAGCAACCCUCUUCAAGAUGCUAGUACCUCUCAUCCGAUGUGAUAACACUGACACAAGAGAGGCGGUCGUCAAUGGUCUUGGGUGGACAAACAUGUUUGCAUUCAGGGAUCUGAUGGAUGAACUGCAGCAAUCGCUCAAAGACGCCCUAGAGAGGAAACAAGAGAACAUGAGACGAAAGAGGAGGAGAGAUUUCCUGAGAGUGCACCUGAUCCGAGUCUUUGAGCUGAUAGCCGAGCAUGGUCUGUUCAGAGAAAGGUGCUUGCUAGGCAAGGAGACACAACCUCUGAAUAGCACCUUCAUUGAUUACAUCGAGGGUAUGAGGCUGUUUCUGGAAAGUGAAAGUGAUAAGGACUCACCCACUUUGAUGGAGAUCAGACUUCACUUCAGUGGCUUCAUUGGAAGGCUCAUUAGAAGUGUGCCAGCUGAGCAUCGAGCCAACCUACUCCCAUGUGGUGUACGCUACAGUGUUUUCUUCUUGUGUGGAGCAUGGUGUCGCAAACUGGGUGUAGUCUAUGGGGCUGUGGAUAGGACACUUGAUAGGACACCAUCAUAUCAAGAUGAAAACUUCACAGACCUAGAAAUUGAGGCAUUGCAGGCAAUGGCUGCUCUUCUGGUAUGUGGGGAGGUGUUUGAUACCAGUGGUCUUGGUCAAGAGGGGUAUCUUUAUAACUGGAUGGACAACCUGCUUAAUUGUACAGAUGAAAGGGUUCAUAAGCUUGGUAAGGAGACAGCUGUAUUGCUCCUAGAGAAUAACCCUCAACUUCCAAUGGUACUGAUGUGGUUUAUCCACCGAUGCUACACAGGACCCAAGCUUGUAGCUAGUGGUUACUUCCAAUCUAUGGCUUCAGUCCUUAACACAAGUGAGUACCCAUGUGACAUGAUAGUGAUCCUAUGCCUGGUACUCCUGAAGACUGCUGACCCCUGCUCUGUCAUCCGAACAUUGGCCUACCAGCUCCUGCAUGUCCUGGACAAGCGUUUCUUUGGCCAAGGCGGACAGGGGAACCUCCUCAAAGCCACCUAUGGCAAGUCCCAUGUUGCCCUGAGCAGAGAGUUGGCCAACCUGCAUCCAGAACUCACUCUCGCCAUCUUCUCAGAGAUCACAGAACGCUUUGAGUCUGCUCCGCUGGUCCAUCGCAAUAUCAUGCUAGAGUACCUCCUCCCUUGGAUCUACAACAUUGAGCUGGUGGACUCCCUGGCCAAGGAGGGAGGUGGAGCUAGCUCCAUGGGUGGAGGCAAGGAGAAGGAAGUAGUGGAGAUGGAGGACCCGGAGCAGGGAUGCUCCAUGAGAAGUCCUGGAUGGGGCAGCAAGCAGGCGUCUUGCGUCAUUCUCAAUAAUCUUCUAUUUAUUACAGCGGAGUACGGUGAUGAGCAUUGCGACGGGCUGGAGCAGCUUUGGGCGGGGCUAUGUACCUGUUGGCCUAGCAACCUACCAGUCAUUCUCAACUUCUUACUUGGUUUGACUGGUAUCAUGACCAACCCAAACCUCCUACCAUUUCUGGAGCGAGUGCUGGUAUACAUCGCCCGUGCCAAGCCCCAGCGUCUGAUGGAUGAACUGAUGCGGGAGAUGCUCUCUGUGGACAUCGUCACCACCAACGUGGAGAGGAUUGAUGAACCACCUUUCUUCCAGCUCUACCUCCAACCCCAAUUUGGAGCCACGGGACCAGAGUCUGGAAGUGCUGCAUCACUGAUUGAGAAGAUGGACAAGGAGGAGGAGGCGAGGAUGCUGGCGAGCGAGAAGGGCAAGCAUGAGAAGAACACGUCUGAUCGGGGCACGCAGGUGGCAGUGGGAACUAAGACACCGCCUCCACCUGACAAUGGGAGUACAAAGGAUAGGGAUAGCAUUAUCCGAUACAACGAGGGGUCAUCUUUACACCAGAGUAGUGGCAGUCUGUCCACUCUAACCAGCAGUACUUCAACACCUAGCAAUGAAUCGGCUGGAACAGACCGAGUCCGUUUCAAGCCUGCCAUACCAGAGGAGUCGGAAGAGUCUGAUGGCAGGUUUACCACGAUUGAGGAGAAAGGGCAGGAUAACAUGCAGGGAUCUAACAAGGUGGAUUUCUAUGCUGUGUGGCAGCAACAGACCCUGAAUGGACUUACCUUACCCCUCCCUCUACCAGAUGAAUACUACUGUGCCCCUCUCUCAGACUACAUCGAUGACAAUGAGACACCCCCACAGGGAGUCGUUCACAGGUGUAACCUAGCAACGGUUCUGCUGACGGACCUGGUGCUUGAGAAUGUAGAUGUUGACUGGCAGGUUCACCUUCCUCAUAUUCUGCAUGUACUCUUCCUCGGUCUAGAUCACUCGUGGCCUUUGGUCCAUGAACACUGCAAGCGACUGCUGCUCAACCUGUUGGUGAAGCUAGCUCCUCACAAUGACUUUGUCAAUGUAGCUCACACCUUACUCUCUCAUCAUGUUAUCAGUGACCUUCAUGCAGGACUCCUGGAACAGAAGGUCAUCACCAAGGAAUACAACUUCACAGGUGGACCAACAAGUCACAAUGGUCACACGCCGGACACCAUAUCUUAUGAAUCGGACAACACUGCCCUCAUGGGUAGCACUACCACCAUCAGUGGAGCGUCCACCGUGUCUGUGUCCAGUAUGAGCUCCACCUCAACAGUCAUCCCGUUUGGUAUGAGUGCUGUUACACAUAUCAGUGUUGAUCACUUGAGGACCAGUGAAGAAGCAGCUAAGGCUCUGAUUGAAUUCUUGGUAACAAGGAAAUGUCGCCCUCUGUGGUCCUGUGAAGAGAUCACCCCGAGGUUAACCAUCAUCAAGAGCGCGGAGCAGCUUGAGUCUUUUCUGCGGAACGUGGUACGGAUCUUCCAUGGGAGCCUAAGAGGGUCCCACCUGGAGCAGCGUUGGGCGCAGGUUGCUCUUCAGCUAGCUCUGUCCUGCUCCUCAAGACACUAUGCUGGCAGAUCUUUCCAGAUGUUCCGGGCACUGAAUCCUCCACUCAAUCCCAGGAUGUUGUCUAACAUCAUGACUAGACUUGUUGAGACUGUGGCUGAUCAGGGAGAGGAUGUACAGGGUUAUGCCACAGAGAUCCUCCUCACCCUUGAGAACUCCAUCGACACCCUGGCCCAAGACCUCGUCUUUACCGACCUCAGGGAAAGGUCAAAGUCUGGGACAUCGCGCAAGACAGAGUUUCGUAAGAGCACCAGUAACCUCUUCAGCAUAGGUCCUACCAAUAGCUAUGAUGGCAUCCGCCCCAAGAUAAUGGAGGGGCCCUCUUCUGUCAACUCACCAGGAAACAAUGCUGCAGCAGACAUGCGGGCCUAUGCGGAGCACCGUGGCAGGAGCUCCACCACCAGCGAGCUUGACAAGUCCAGUUUCCAUCGAGGCCGUGCUCGGAGCAGCUCCUCUCUCAAGCACAUGGGAGAGAACAUCUUUGAGGAGAGACUCAACAUGCUAGCCCAGGUCUUCUGGAUCUUUGUAUCUCUCCUGGAAUCGGACUAUGAGUUUGAGUUCUUGAUGGCCCUCAAGGCUUUGGAAAAGCUUCUGAAGUACUUGCCUCUUGACCGUCUUGAGGUUCGAUGCCGUCUUGACCAAGUUCUUAGUCAACUCAGAUGGGAAGGUUACCCUGGACUACAGGCACUCAUUCUCAAGGGUUUUACUUCUUCUGUGACCUAUGACCUGACCCUUCACCUUGUGUCAAAGUUGACAACCUAUACCCACCUGAGGGUGAUUGAUCCCACCCAAGCUGCUGGCUUCCCUCUCAAUGUGGUAGCCCUACUACCGUAUCUCAUCCAGAAGUUUGGUCAGCCGGAGAAGUUCGCUUGUGAAAUAGCAACCAACAUCAGCAAGGUUUGCCAGGAGCGAUGCACCAAGAUGGCACCUCUCUCCACGGUGCUAAUGAUGUAUAAGAAUGGAACGUACAAUCGUGACAGCAAGGCAUGGGCUGGUGUGGUCUGCAAAUACCUACACACGGCCUACUCUCACUUCAGCAUUCCUAUGAUGACAUUCCUAAUAGAGGUGUUGGAGAAGGGUCCAAUCAACAACCAAUCUCCAGUUCUUCAGAUAGUCUAUCAUCUCAUUCAUAACAUUGAUCUGAUGGCUGCUCCUAUGCAACAGGUCAAUGAUAACCUCUUAAGGGUCAUUGCUAAAUAUGUCCAGGGCGUGCACUGGCAGGAUUCUCUCAACAUCCUCAAAGUAGCUGUGUCCAAGUCCUCUUCACUGGUCAAGCCUCCAUCCCUUAGUGACCAUCACAACAGGGUAGUCUCUCUGGCCCUGGACCAUCGCAAAGAGCUACCAGGUCGCACCAUGGAGUUCACCUUUGACCUUUCACGGGUGGUUGAUCCAGAACAUACCUCCAGUAGUUUGCCUGAAACACAACUACUUGGGUCAGAGAAAAUGACGAAAAAGGAGCACUCCCCAUCAGGCCUUUUGACACGAUCAUCAAAGGAUAAGACACCUAUUAUUCGGCGGAAGUACCCUUCCAUGGCCACUAUCACCACAUCAUUCAGUGAUGAGUCAGCUGCAAGCACGCUGAGCAGCGAUGAUAGCAGCAUGAGUACUGAACCCACAGACAUGUCUCAGCUCGGCCCUGGUGGAAGCAUGUUCUCUGCAUCAUCAGCAACCAUCAACGCUGCCAAGCAGAACAUCGUACCCUCGGCUUGGCGCAAGCCCCAGCAGUCACAGCGCAGGACAAGGGAGAGAAUGGUGUCAGUUCUUAAGGGGCUGGGCCAGAAUGUUGGCUUGCCUAGGAGCCCGUCUGUGAUCUUUAGUUCAACAAGUGACAUUGCAAAUGAGCGGCAGAACAGUGUCUGCUCGUCCAGUGAGUCCACCUCCCUUGUUGACUCAAUGAACCCCGAGGGCAGCAAAGCAGAGGAGAGCGGUGAUAUUCCCACGCUCAAAGAGUUUGACUUCUUAGAGGGAGAAGAAGUAGAUAGAGAGGAUGGUAAAGGGUUCAACUGGUAUGACAGCCGGCAUUCUUUGGAGGAUAUUGAUUCGAGUGGAGUAACAAACCCUGACCAUGAAGGAUCCAAGUAUUCAUCCGAAGAUGAGACUAGUAUAUCAGGUGCAGAUGAUAACACACCUAGUCUUGAGAACAGCCGUAUCUACUCAGGGAUGUCUCAAGAUUUCAUCCCCUCUACUGGGGGCAGCAAUGUGAUCAGAAGAGCUACAUCUGGGUCCUUAUCAAGUGGUGGCAGUGACAUAGACAGCAUCACCUCUCCAAUAUGCAACUCACCCACGGCCAACUCUUCCUUCAUCUACAUCCCUGUUGACGAGGUGGAAGAGGCGUGGCAGAGUCACGUGGAUGCUGUCAUGGUGGACAUGAGCGGUCGUUACGCGGUCAAUACGUUCCAUAUCUUCACCCAGCUCUAUAAGGUCAUGCAGCAGAGGUUCUGUAAUCUGACCAGAGAAGCAUGUAACUACCUGGGUGAUCGCAUGAGAGGCAUCGCACUUCAGUUCCUGAAUACCCUAGAAGUUCUGAGCACCCAUGCUCUUUGUCCUUUCGUCUAUGUGGACACCGAGACGUUGAUGAUAUGUAGACUUCUGGACAGCCAUAAAUACUGUGUGCUUGAGCUCAACGAACACUAUGAUACCUACAUCUCAAAGAGGGACCUAACAGUUGAGUGUCUGGAUUCUAUCAAAGCUUCUCUGAAGAGACAGACUUUAGCAGCUCAUGAUAUUAAUGGGCCAACAGGAGAAGAACAGGAGAGGGUCCAUAUUAACCAACAAAUUGAGCUAUGUCGUCGCCUGUACCGUCUCUACUGCCAACUGAGGAUGUUGUUUGAUAGCUACUGUAAACUGAUCCAUUCUUUAGAGGGCGCCAAACAUGUUUCACAUAUCCAGGAUUUCUCAGUGCCGGUCUGUUCAGCCAAGGAGGAAUUGAGCCUUGCAGCCCAGGAGCUGGAAAGCGGCCAGGUAGCACUGUCACCAGAGGGCGACACAGGAAUCACCACACCAGAAGCGGCCGUCGUCACCUUGACCAAUCAUCUGGGACGCAGGGAUGUCAGAAGGGCUCUCAGGCUAUUACACGUGUACAGGUCUAUGUGGUCUGGUGAGCUGUUUGGUUCCAGUGAGGAAGAUGACCAGGAUGUGCUGCUAGCGUUACUCUGUAAACAAAUUGCUGAUGGCAGAAGUGGUGUUCUUGUGAUCUCAAGGUCUGGCCAAGAGCUCCAGACAGCAUGCCACAAGCUGAUGGGCAUCAACGCUCAACUCAAAAAAUCCAUCAAGGUCAUUGAGAAUAUGGAGACCAAGGAGGAGGUAGAGGAGAAGAGUGAGAUGGAGAAAGCUGAAGGAGAAGGAGGAGGACCGGUGAAGGGAGAUGAGAAGGUGAAGCUCAGAAGAAAAGGCAAUAGGAAGGGCAAGAAUGAUGGAAGAAAGGGUUGGAAAAGUGAGGGAGACAGGAACACAAAGGAGGGGAGUGGAGAGAAAGGUGGACGGGGAACUGAUGAGAAGAAGAAAGGAAAAGACGAGAGGAAGGGGAAGGAGGACAAGAAGAAAUCGAGUAAGGAAUCCACCCCCGAGCCGAGCUUACCAGAAGAUAAGAAGCAACGAGAGGAUGUGGACAAUGGGAAAGUGAAAGAUGGAGGAGAAGGUGGGGAGGUAGAAGAUACAGUGGUGGUGGUUGUGACCGUCACCAGUGAUGAAGUAGGAGGUGGGGAAGGUGAGACAAAGGAAGCCAAGAUUGUGUUCCAGAGCAACGAGUGUGUGGAGAACGGAGGCGAUGAAGGACGAGAGGUGACCCUUGAUACCAAGGAGUCAUCAGAGAACAAGGAAGAAGUCAAGAUUGAAGAUGUGACUCUAGAGGAUGCAACUGGUAGUAAGGUUGAUGGAGACGUGGUACAAGGGAGUGGUGACACCAGAAUUAUCGAUGAGGAAGAGGUGGAGUCUGACUUGACAGCUCUCAUAGAAGCCAUCGAAGAGAUCGAAGAGGAGAUCGGAAAUAAAGAUAAAAUGGAGGCGCUUCCCUUGAAACUCGCAGAUGAAGAUAACACCAGCACUGGUGCAACAGGGGUGGGAGUUGAACCCUCUCCUGCAAAAGGGGAAAGCUUUGCACCUCUUCCGGACAUGGACAGUGGUUUCAUGGCCGAGACACCGGAUUCUCAAGCAUCUGAAAACAAAGCUUCGUUCAGCGAUGAUGUUCCACUGGAUAUUCAAGUCACACCAGCAGAGGAGGACAAGCUCUUUCCUCCAGACAAGGAACCGUUGCGCAAAGAGUCAACAGGAGAGGCUGAGAAUGAAGUGGAGAGAAAGGCUCUGGGAAUCAAGGAGGAUGUGUGGCAGAAAGAUCCUAACUCCAGACCAACAUCUGGAGAGAGUCUGUGCACAGAGCUCUAGGACCAAACAAAACUUGCCAUUCAGAAAAUGACAUGAAUGUCGUAGAAAGAAGAUAUCAUUUUAUUCAACAAAGGAUGUGCGUAGGUGUACUGAAAUCUAUGACAGAUUGGACAACAAUAUUUGUGGGGGUAGAGAGUCUUUGUGUUUGUAUUCACUGUGCAUAUAAUGGAUCAUCAUAACAAUUACCAUUAGGCUGAAUGCAAAGAGAAGUUUUAGUUGUAUAGGUUUCUUUAAAAGGAGUAUAGGAAAGCAGUUAUUAUAGACCCAUUCUGUGGGAUUUGACUUGCAAUACCUGUGUAUCAUAGAGGUGACAUUGAAAUUCAUUGAAGUGUAUAGCCACAAUAUUUUCAUUUGAAUUGAGUGCUUUUUAUCAAACUCCUAGUUGUUAUUGUUGUAGAAUGUCCUUGUUUUAAUCAUUUCUUCUUGCUUUCUAUAUGGAAGUUCUUUAGUUGCUAUAAGAUGUAUUGUUAUGAUGUCAGUUUAGUAAUUAUUUCUGUCUGGAAAUCAUUUAGUCAUUUAUCUCUGUCACAUCUUGCAGUAUUGUAAUUUAUUUAAGCAUCAUUCAGACCAUGACAAUGUAAAAUACUUUUAGAUUUAAUGCAGCAGCAGAACUUACAUGUAACUUGUAAAUGUAUGGCCAGAGGCAAUGUUGUGGGUAUAAAUAAUAAAACCAAUAUUGCUGGGCGCAGUAGCCACCAAGCAUACUCAGUGGUCUAUUUGGUAAAAGUUAAAGAUAUUAAGUAUAUUUAGUGGGGAACAAAAUCCACAAAGGUGCUUUGUUGCACCUGUUCAUAACUCAUGUACAUGAUUGUAUUAACUUGUUUAUAAAUGAUCUACAUGUGUAUUUCAAUAUUGCACUACAUGUGUCACAGCAAACCAUUGCUUGACAGUGUGUAUUUGCAUAAUUAUUGUACUUAGUAAAAAAAGAUAUAAAAGUAUUCUCUGUAUCAUUAAGAGAGCACAAAAGUACCAUACAGUUAUUAUGGACAUAUUCUUCAAUAGUUAUAAAUUAUUAACAUAGUCUGAGAAAUUACUGAGUAUUGUAUAAUGACAGAUAUAUGUAGAUUGAUUUUAAUCUUGGAUAUAAAAAAGGUGACUGUACAUUGUCGUAAAUCAUGUACAUAUGCUUCUAGUUUGUACAUUUAAAGUACCUUCCCUUGUGAGGUAGAGUCCCCCCCCCCCCCUCCCUCCCUCCCCCUCCCUCCCCCUCCCUCCCCCUCCAUCCAGCAUUGUUAUUUUAUCACCAUCGCGGUACAUUGUAUGUGUACACCAAGAAAGGGUCAUACUGCUGUACUCGUAGCUAGUAUUAAUGCCCAGAAUUUUAUUUAAAAAAACAUUGGUGCAUAAACUUUUAUCAUUUCUCAAUGAAAGCUUUCUUAGUUUUAUUUAGAUGUUGAUGAAAUUGUCACUAAUAUAUGAGUAAGAUAAUACAAAAUUAUUAGUUGAGUAUAAAAACAAUAACUUAUGCUAUUUUUAAUACAUCAUUUUAAAAGGAUAAUUUCCUAAGAGUAGUGUUAAGAUUGAUAUGGAAACACAGCUGAUGUUCAUAAUGACCUCUAGAAAAUAAGCACACAUUCAUUUGUCAGAAAACAUUGGAAACCAAGAGAUUAGAGCAAGUGGUUGUUCAUUAUGAGUAGCACAUACAGCGAGACAAUUAUGACUUCCAACUCUUGUGAACCUUCAGUCAAAUAUGGGGUCCCCCUUGAAGCUACAAGGAGGGGAUAUAAAAUUAACCUAGUGUAAUUGUGUAAUUUAAUGUGACUUUUAACACGAAAAUGAAAGAGGAUUGGCAUAAUAUUUAUCUCUCUGCUUAACAUUUUGGAAAUCAAUUCCAUAAUUCUUAAGAAGUGCUACAGUGUAUGUGUUGACACAAUAUGACAAAUUAAUGAUUCUGUAAUAAACUUCUAGUAGAACUCCUGAUCUAGAAUACUGACAUUUAGUCAUUAAUGAAGGAAUGUAGUUCAGCUUGUUUUGUUGCAGAUGAAGGCAAAGCAUACAUCUAGUUUUACCUUGUCAAGUUGGCAUUGCUUUGUGUCUGGUUGAUGUAAUUAUACCAAGAAUUUGGUCCAAGUUGCAAUCCAUAACUGUUUUGAGUAUAGGCCUAUUAAUGAUUGACCUAACUGUAACUUCUUAUUGCACAAUAUGUAUGGUUUAGGGGAUGAAAGCAUGGUUUCUGUAUUGAUAUUUCCUACUGUUAACCAAGUUCUUAAAAAGGUUAUUUAUGUCUUAAUUUCUUUAAUUGGAUUGCUUUAAAAAAAGGAGAUUGAUUUGUUUUCUUCACAUGAGCUGAGAAAUGAUGCAAGUUGAGCCUGACUUUGACACUGACGGUUGAAAGCUAUAACGCAACCUUAAUCUGUGAAUCUCUAUACUUCUAUUGAUUAUUAGCAGAAAACAAAUACAAGAUUAUUAACCUCAAUUUCAUCAUCUUGAAAGGAUAUCACCAGUUGUAUAUUAUACAGUUGAAUUAUUUAUUGGUGAUAUGACAAAGCUGAGAGACAUCGCAGGUAAAACUGAUAAUGGCCAACUUUGACCAGUGCUCACUUGUAUGGUUUCCGUAUAUUAAAAGAGGAUUUAAAAAACAUGUCUAGAAAGGACACCUGGCUAUGGUAGCCACUCCUUGAUGGCCUUUAUUGACAGGUUCAUUGGUAAUCUUGGUAUAGAGAAUUCCUGUCUGCAAUGCCCACUUUAUGGUUCCCUUGUAUUAAAAGAGAGAAUAUGCAUUGUAGAACCUUUCUAGAACCUUUCUAGAAAGGCCAACUGUCUAUUUUAGUCACUCUUAGAGUUAUAGGUUAUAUUCCUAAUUUAUGUCUUUAUAGACAGGUUUAGUUGUUUACGAGAGGGUUAUUAGGGGAUGUCCAUGAAGAGACCUGUUCAGAGGUAUGGGCAACCCUCAUCUCCUACAUAUAUUUAGUAAUUUAUUUGAAAGGUUGGAACUUGUUAAAGAUUUAAUGGUUAAGGUUGCAUUAAUGGCUUCAGUCGCUGUGUCUAUAAAGAGAUAUCCUCACAAAGACCCAGUUGGUAUUAGGCAUUGAAAAAUAAGACAUUUCAGACCAUGAAAAUAACUACAUCAAUAUUGGGAAGAGGGUCAUGGACAGACAUGAAGGAGAGGUUUACAGCUUGAUGUUAAAAAGAGAAGUUAUGAUAACGAUGAAGACAAGAAUUCUGAGUUUGAUGUUUACCAAAUAUGUUCUCUUUAUCUGCCCUGUAUACCUGUGAAAAGUUGUACCCCUUAGAACUUUAUGUCGCCAGAGUUUAUGUGGAUUGUUUGUCAUGUAUUGAAUAUGUUUGUUCCAAAAUAAACUUUUUAGAAGCACAUGCAUGUAAGCAAAAA